AUGGAAAUUUUGAAUAAUAAUUUUACCUCUAUGUAUGAAGAAACAGAAUUGGAAGCCUUUGUGUCUGAAGAAGCCGAAUUGGAAGCAAAGAUUAUAAAUCUUAUUGAACAUUUACCAAUUGAUGAUCCCUUAGAUAGUGAAUCAGAAAAAGAACAGGAAGAAAUAGUUAAAAUUGGAGAUGCAAUUAUAGGACUUGAUAACUUGAUAAAGUAUAUUCAGCAAAAUGAUCUAGAAAUUACUUCAUCUUUAAUAAAAGAAUUGUAUAGCCUUAAAAAGUAUAUCAUCUAUUUGUGUAAUGAAAGUAAAAGACAAGCUAUAUUAGAAGAAUUUAUUAACCUUAUGGUUUAG